GAAAAUAAAAUUAAUGGCUGCCCUGAACAAUUCUCCUGCUAAAGCAAAAUUUUCCUUUGGCACUUCCAGUAGAUUCCCAAGUGUGAAGAAAAGUUACUGAGAUACGGCAUGUUAUGAGUCAAAACCUGCACUUAGUAAGAGAUCUCCGUCUUUUGGAGUGGGAGAUAGGUUCAAGAGCCCUCUUAAAGAUCGUAAGCCGGCUCCAGGGUCAUAUAAGCCAUAUCUGUCAGAUUUUGAGACCAACAAAGGUUCUACUUUUGGAAUUUCAUACGCAAAUUAUGAGAAAGUUUAUAUCAAAAGUAACAAAAUCCCAACAGAUAGGUCUUUACCAGGCCCUGGAGCCUACAAAAUUGAUAAGACCAAAAAAGGAGGAAUUUCGAUAGGAGCAAAAUUCAAAUCUAAUCAUGACAUAAUCGCUUCCAGUACUCAUCGUAACCCUGGACCAGGGUCAUAUUCGGGCCUCAAUACUCUCUCAACCAAUGGCAAAGUCGUUGUCUCAACUAUCAAGAGCCCUAGUAAGACUAAAAUUGGAGGAAAAAGCCAGAGAUUUCAUUCUAAGAGCAAGUUUCAUCAAAUCCCUGGACCAGGAGACUAUAUUAGUAACAAGACCUUAGACUCAACUACCAGGCGCUCUUUGUCUAAAUUCCAGAACCCGAAGAUGAUCUCUUUUGGCUCUUCAUCAAGAGUAUUUGAUUCUGGAUCUAUUAGAGAUGUGGCAGGUCCAGGUCCAGGGGCGUACGAAUUUGCUUCUGAGUUUAAUGACAAACUAUCAUCAACAAUGACAAGUUUAAUUCCAAAGAAGAAAAAGAAGAAUCGCAGAUACACAAGAAGUAUGGAAAAGUUGUAAGACAGGAUCUCAAGGACUGAAUUCUAGCAGCUAAAUUUAAACUAGACAUUCUCAAUC